AUGCCAGAGGGACAGGUUUUUUUUAAUCAAUUUCAUCGACUUUUCAAAUUUUAUAGCCCGAAUGGUACUGGUCGUUGCUGGAAUUCGGCCUGAAAAUCACCCGCCAUUCGCCCUAUUUCACCUACACGACUGUUUAUCCAUUGGUUUGUUUAUAAUGGAGUUUUGGAGGGAAAAGGCAACUUUUACCAAUAUCGGGAAAAAAGGGUUGAAUUACUGGAGGAUUUCAGAGCAAAAGGUGAUUUUGGAACAGUAUGAAACUUGCUAAAAAAAUAAUUUAAAGGUUCAAGUUUCGAGCAUGAAAAACAUUAUUAUUUUCAUUUCCUUUCUGAAGAAGGAAUCGAAAAAAAUGUUAUUGAUUUUUUUAAAGUGAUAAAAAAAGUUUUAUUUGAACAUUCAUAUAUUUUUCAAAAAAAUUGCAUGUUCAUGCCCUAUAGAAUCAACCUGAAAAAAAGGAAAAAUAGAGUCGCGACUGGAAUAUUAUCAACUUUCAAGUUGAGGAGCCUCAGUAAAUUAGAAAAAAACAAUAAAAUAGGCUCAGAAACUGGUGAAAUUUCGGCGAAGAUUUUUUGUAAGAUUUUGGCAGGUCAUGAGUAAACUAUGCUACCUUUAAUAACUUAAUAAUGAUUUACUUUAUUUACAAAAAUAUCAUCCUUUGUUAUCAAGAAAAAAGGAAAAAAUCAAGCUUCUUCGCAGACAUUUAAACCAGAAAGCCAAAAAAAAAAGGAAAAUGUUGACUUAGUAGUUUGCCUCUCUAUUUCAUGAACUAUGUCGUUCUUUCAAAAAUUGAAACCAACUCAGGAACUCCAGAGAAGUCUCUAUAGGGGCAACUUAAGGACCCUUGGAGCGUUCCCUCUAGGGAUCACUUUACCAACCUCUAAAGCUGGAAAAAGUGGUCCCUAUAAGAGACUAGUCGAAAAUUGUUAUGAACUCUAAGCGAAGAAGCAUUUCCAUGGGAAAAACUGAAUAAAAACCGUUUUUAAGUGAAAUUCAAAGGCCCCUGUAGCGUUCACUUGAGCUUUAGGGGCUAAGGGUCAGACUUUAAACCCCUAUAGAGACCACCUUAAUUCAUUUUUUUAUAGUGACCAAUCUGGAUUUCCUAAAAAGCCGUAAAUUUUGUAGUCUCCGAAACAGUUUGGGAGCAUAUCCUAGUGACUUUCUCAGCUCCCACAAUUAUAAAAUUAAAAGUAGAAUUUUUUCUUGAAAAAAUCUUUUCCUUACGGAAACAGACCUUCAGGGCGAAAAAUUGAACGAAAAAAAAUCGAGAAAGAUUUACGGAUUUUUUGCCAAACACCCUGAGAAUUCUAGAAAAAGUGCGAAGAGAAAAAAAAUGAGCCGAUUCGAAUGUUAAGCCGCUUUUUUUUAGUUUUAGAUGCUGCUUUUGGAUUGACUUUAAUGUUUCGGAACUGCUAUAUAUUCAAUUUUUUUUUUCGCUUCCGGAUUGUUCGGUGAUCCAUAAGAAAAAAAGCUUGUCAUUUUUUUGAAAAAAAUCAGAGAGUUUGGGCAUAUAAUGAACGGAAAAUUAUAAAAUGAUCAGAAAAUAAAAGCCGCAAAAUGUGUGCUUUACCAAAAAUCUGAAAGAAAAUAUUUUUUUCUGAGAGAUUUUUUUGUACCAUUCAAAGUGAACUCGGAUUUUUUUAUCCAUAGAGCUCAAAAAUUUUCUGGUUUUAUUUUUCCGCGGCCAUUUUACUAUUUUUUUAGGUAAAUUUUUGUUCUAAAAGGAUCAUGUAAUCAUACUGCACGUAAAAAAAUAGUACAGCAUUGCAACCACGAGAAAAGAAAGAUCAAAAAAUUCAUUGGAAAAUUUCUGGUUGUCCAUGGGGCGCAGAAGCUUUGCGGCUCAUUUUUCACCGAACUCUAAUCAUCGCUAACUUAACAAUAUACCCCAAAAAGAUAUCCCAGUAGUCAAAAAAUACGAAAAGAAGGAAAGGCGGAAAGAAAAAAAAUGACACACAAAAACGCCUACGUGAAUACGAAUGGAGCGGUAAUGAAAAGCGCGGCUUUAUAUUCGGCGCGCCAAAAUUGAAACGACGCAAAACAGAUUCCGGAAUGAGGAAGGAGGUGGGGAAAGAACAAAAAUACAAACGAAAUCCCAAAAGAGAGGACCCAAGGAACGAAUUUAUCCAAUUUGGGCCACUGCAACGACCGUACCGAGCUGGGAUUAGCCUCGAAUUUGAGUGCAUCCCUUGCAAAUUAUGCUGAUUUUGUGACGUUUUUCGAAUUCAAGAGAAGAUGGGCUUUUGGAGAAGCCAAAGAUUGAAGGGAAAUAGCCCUGGACUUUUAUGCUUUUGUGCUCCAAGGAUAAUGUUGAAGUACACUUUCUUAACUGUGAAUAAUUAUUUCUUUCAAUUUCGGUCAGUGAUUUUUGGGCUUAAGAGAGAGCGCCGUUUAUACUGAAAACAUUAAAAUGAGAAACAGACACAAAAUUCGGAGCUUUUGUGCUCCAAGGAUAAUGUUGAAGUUCACGCUCUCAACUUUGAAGAAUGAUUUUUUUUAAAUUUUUGUCGGUUUUAUAAUCUUUAAAAUAUAAGUUUUCUCAUAGUCCAAAGAUUAUUGGAAAAAGAGCCGCGUAAUUUGAAGCUUUUUUUGCUCCAAAGGGGAAUUUGGUUCUCACUAUUUUUCUUUUUAAAUGGAAAUGGAAAAAGAAGUUUUGCAGUUUUUUUAUUCAAAAUCUUCUUUCAUUCUGAAGCAAUUUUGAUUUGUUUUUUUCGAUAUUUUAAAGACUCAUGAAAAAGAUGGAAAAAAAUAGCCACGAAAAAAAUGAGAUCAUGUGCUCUACUGAUAAAUCCAAAAAAAUUGCAAUUUUUUUCAAAGUUCUGAUGUGAAAAAAAUUUUUAAAAAAAUCCUGCAAAUGAGAUCCGUUAUUAAAUGUGAAGUUUGAAAGGAGUCGAAAAAAACUGACCUGAAAAUUCUCUUUUUUUCCAAUUUCAAGUUGAAAGCUUGUUCAUGGCGUGUUCGAUGGAAGAAAAAGAGGAACAUGUCUUGAAAUUCGAAAUUAUUACAUCGAAAACACGCCAAAUGCCCAGAAACAAUGGAUUUCCGUCUUUUGCGCAGAAUAUUUUCGCUUCAUUUUUGAAACAUGCUCCGUUUCUUUUCUUUUCCAUAUAACAAAAACGUCAGAAAGCUUCAACAUCAAAGACGAUUUUGAAGAAAGUUUUUUUGAUUUUUUGGUUUCAUUUGAACAGAAGUUAUGAGAUUAAAUGAAAAAAAAAAAUUGGAUGAAGGGCCUGAAAAAGGCAUAAAAUAAAGUCAAAUUAGGUUCUACACAAAGUCUUGUCAGGGCCAAAGACGGUGUUUAAGGACUUUUUAAGGUCAAAAUAGAGCGAAAACAAUGUCUGUGCGUCUCAUGUUAGAGUUUUCCUGGUACCUUUUGAUGUUCAAAUUCAAUUUUACGAAUGAAAACUAUUAAAAAAGGAUUUUUUUCAUUUAAAUGUAGAAUUUUUCUAGCUUUUGUAGUAGUUUUAGCUCGAAAACUCUACUUCGUUCUUCAAAAGUUCAUAUUUUAUAGUUAUUUUUUUUUUAUUUUGGCUAAGAAAAUUUCAACUUUCAAACUUUUUACCAUAGUUAAAAGCAAUAGUUGAACGUGUAGUGGAAAAAGAAAUUUUUUUCGAAGAAUCGAAAAAUUUUUACCAAUUUCUGUAGACUUUUUAUAAAUUGGUCGGUUUUUCAAGCGAAACGAAACGAAAGCUUUUUACAAGAAAGAUUUCUGGGAAUUUUGUUUUGUGAAAAAACUUGUGUUUUUUUUUUGACCAGUUUCUAGGAAAAAAUGACCCAGAAACCGGCUGAAAAAGUACAAAAAAGAUUCAAUUUUCCAAAAAUGAAUCCCCCAAAAAAUGAACUGAAUUCUAUUCAGAUGACCGUAGCCCUCGUGAAUCUUCUCGCUUUCUGGACGGAGUCUCACAGAACCGCCAGCACACUAUUAAUGAUGUCACUGGCGGUUCAAUCGAUCAUUGGAUGGGUCCUGCUGCGAAAAAUGCCUCCUGGAAGCGGCGGAACUCCCAAAUUGAGUAAUAAUCUUCAAAAAUUACUGGUUGGGGAUUUUUGAAAGUCGGCCAGAAUAAAUCCGAAUCACCAAUGGGAGACCGUGAAACUUUAAAAUUUUUCAGUUUCUUGGAAUUUAUCUUUUAAAAAUGGAAAAUUCUCUAUUUCAAGGAGUUUUUUUCGGUUUUCUUUGACUUUUUGAUGAUCUUUCUAUAAAAUUAGGAAAUUUUGUUUUUUUUUCAAUUUCGUAAAGUUAUCUGGUACCCUCAAAAAGUGAUCUGACCAAUUGAAAAAAAUUCUCAAUCGAAAAAUAAAAUGACCUUCCUUGGGACUUUAUAUGUUUUUUUCAGUCAAACUCUAUUGCCUCAACUUGAUCCUGUCCGCUCUCUCCUACACUGUCAUCGUUGUCUCGGCGUUCCUGGAAAGGUUGCUACCCGAGGACAUAGACUUCGGGCUACAUGUUAGUUUUAUGAUCUGUUUUGACUUUGAAAAACCUUGUCAUUCAGUUUUUUCACAAGGUAAUAGAGGUAUUGGUUGGAAGAAAGGCUCAAACUUGCCAUCAAAAUAAGAAAAAGCUUUGUAUUUCCUCAUUUCUUUUUCUUUUAGAUCACCGAGCUGCCGGAUCUUCUCGGCUUGAAGCCGUUCUUCAACGCCCCGGCCAUCUCUUUUGAUCCACAGGAGUUUGAAUUUUGAUAAUUGGAAAAUAGAUCAUAAGCAGGAACAAAGAUGGGAUUAAUUAGUGUUUGAGUGAAAUAAAUAAAUUAAUUAAUUAAUAGGAUACAUAGUUUCGAAGACAAAAAAAAAUGAAUAUAUGGAGUCCGUGAUUAUAAGGCCUUGUUCAAAGUUAUUCCCGCGAAAUUCAAUUUUUCCUGGCUCUCCCAAAUUUUGCUAUUUUCUGUUACAGGCUGGGUGAGAAGGACAACGACGCCCCCCUGGGCGAAUCCGAGUACAAUAGCCCAAUAACGACGAUUGGAAUGUCGACGGCUUUCGAUAAUCCUUCGGCAGUUGGGCCCAAUGGAGCCCUUGAAGGGUCACCAACUCCAGGUCUAUGAAAAGAAGAACAGGGGAAACUCACAAGAUUCAAAAAAAUAAAAUUGUCGGCUACUAUGACAAAGUAUAUUGAUUCAUUGAAAAUCAGAGUUCGAUGAAUAAUUGGCUCAAGUUUCUUGAGAAAGUGCGCUCCACAGAUAGAAAAAAAGUUUUUGGAAAAAAACUGACUUUUUCCGCGUUUUUAGUUGUUUCAAAGGUAAAGUUAGGCUGAAAAGGUUGAAACUAAGUUGAAAAGCAAAUGCGCUCCACAGAUAAAAAAAAGUUUUGAAAAAAAAACUGACUUUCCAGGUGUUUUUAGUCGUUUCAGAGUUGAAAUUAGUUUGAAAAAAAGUAUCUCCCUUGUUUUCAGCCCCUUCGAGCAGUCAGGCCGAAGAUGACGACGGCACGACGUUGAUCCCCCUCUCUUCCCUUGCCGCCGACGUCGAGCAGCACCGGAACAAGAAGAACAAGACGCUGAACAGAUCCGACGACGUCGAGGCCAACGAGUUCGACGAGAACGCCACCAAACUCCAGAUCCAACUGACAACUGUCCGCCGUUGUGUCUUUGUCCUUGUCGCUUUUUCGUAUUGCCUUGGAUUCGCAUAUUUCUUCAUUUGAAGCGGAUCGAAUCUUGAUAAUUUAUCACUUCCUUGUGCCUUUAUUGCCUAAAUUUUGAAGUUUUAUUCAGAAGAAAUUUUAAUUUUGUUUUUAUGUUUAGAAAAAAAUUACCCUUUUCGUAUGUUUACAGGAUAAUCUUUGCAAGAAUCAAUCAAAUCAAAUCAUUUGUUUUGUUGUUUUAGUCAUAGAUGUAAUCGACUAGGCGGUGAACAAGAACUUUGAAAGCUAUAACGAACAACCGCCUUUGGCGAGCUAGAAGUCCAAACGUGUAGUAGAAAGAGUUGAAAGCAUGGUCUUACGGUCCUUUGUCUCGUCCUUCUGCGCGUAGUCCAUCCAGUUGCGCCUUGACGAGCUCAGAAUGUAGCGGAUGUUGUGCUGGAGCCCGGAGACCGUGCUCUAUGCGGAAGCCUCGGAAUGAGAGCUACCACUUCGAGUGAAGAUUUUACACGGAAUCAUACAGAUUUUUCUGAUUUUCUGCACAAAAAAACCUGCGAAAGGUUUACAGGUUUUCGAGGAAAAUUAGCCGUUUUCGAAAAGGCAAUGGCGCUCUACUGACAAAUUUUUUUCCGUUUACGAGAAGAAUCGAUGCAGAAAGACUUGCCGAAUAACCAAAUGGGAUGCUUUCUCGGUUUAUGUGAAUCUUAAAGGUCCUCCAAUCAUUUAAAAAAAUUUUCUAGCAUAUCCGAAAUACUAGGAAGUUUGGCAACUCAAUCCCUACGUUUUAGACUGCUGAUUUUCUCUUCGAAAUAUAUUUACGCUGAACUUGAGAUUUGAUGGGUUAAAAUGAAGUAAUUUAAUUUAUCAUUGAAUUUAUGGAUUCCUAUAUCAAUGUAAAGCUGAUGAUGAGACUGAUCGAUUGAUGUAUUCAGAUAAUCGGUAGCUGCUCGGGGAACCGAGAUAUGAGCCUUCAAAAAUCUCGCAAAAAAUAAAUUUGCGCGUCGGAUAAAAUGCCUUGGUCGAGGUUGCGCGCCGGGUCACGUGUCUGUCUGAGGCUCUCAUCGGUGUGGUUUUCUCGCAAAAAAGGAAAAGCUCAAAAAAAAAACUUAGACUUUUCAAACUUUUUCUCAGUGCAAUCGAUAGAGCAGCUCUUAUAUGAUACUGUUAUCAUAUCAGUUUCGAGGAAAAGCUCAAAAAAUAGGUGAAAAUUCAAUCCGAAAAAACAACACUUUUCGCCUUUCAAGCUUCAUAACUUCGUUCAUUUUCAAGAUACAGAGAAGCCGAUUAUAUCAGUCGAUUCGUCUCAUUGUCAGCUUUUGGAUGAUGGAGGUUAUCACGAGAUCAAACUUCAUUCAGAAGCUUCCAGCUUGCCUUAGCUUAAAAUCAGUCGAAAAGACGUCAAUCGACGCAGAGUGAUGUCCGGUGUUCAACAUGCAAGUGAUACAUACAGUUCAAGAACACAUGGUAGUCGAAAUAGAGCCUCUCAAAGUGGAUAUUUUUGAGACUUUGAAAAGUUGUAACUUCACUCCUAGGGGGUUAGGAACUUAGAGACCUAUUUUUUCUUAAUCACCGUGAUCUCCUUUAUCGAUUGAUACCAAGGGACUGUACUUUUUUCAAUUUUCCCGAAAGUCAAAGUUUCCGAGAUUUUGACGUCAAUCGAUAGGAAAUGACGUCAGAAGCUGAAAAAUCAAGGUCAGAAUGUUCUAGGGUGCCUAGAAACAAAGAUAUGAUUUUUUGAAGUUUUUAAAUAAUCAUAACUCGAUUCUUAGAAGGUUAGGAACUUGGAGACCCAGUUUUUCUUGAUCCUUGUGAUCUCCUCUAUCGAUUGAUACCAAUUUUGACCUACUUUCCAUUUUUCGAUCUCUCUGUUUGAUCGCCUCUAAUUCAGUUCCUAUUUGACCUACGGAGGUCAAACCUCGCCUCCGGUUAUUUUUUCGUCGAGAUCUAUCGAUUGAUAUACAUUUCGUCCGGAUCGGCUUCCAUGACCUCAGAAGCUCAAAAAAAUCUGAAGGGGUUAGACUGUACUUUUUUCGAUUUUUCCGAAAAUCAAAGUUUUCCAGAUUAUCACAUCAAUCGAUAGGAAAUGACGUCAGAAGUUCAAAAAACCAGGUCGAAAAGUCCCUAGCCUUCUAG